GCCAGUGAGAAACGUUUGCUAAAGGAUUGACGGAAGACGCCUAUAUUUGGCAAAGAAAAUCCAUCCAAACCUGUGGUGCAUUCGCGUGGUUCGCAAGUGAAAGUUGUGCGUGCAAAAGCCGUAUCGAGCCCGAGCUGGAAAGAUGCAUUUCAUGAAACAUAAAGCGGUGUACUUCACCCUCAUGCUAGUUGUCCUGAGCAUGUGCCUGGAUGAGACGGAGGCCCGACGAAAGAUUCUCCGAGGUCGCCGUACCAUCAACCGAAACUUUAAGCGUGGACCAGGGAUACCGGCCUGGGCCAUCAUCGCGAUAGUGGCCAUAGGAAAUCUGCUCUUAGGCGGCAUAGCGUAUCUGAUAUUCCGUAAGGUUGUCCUCAACGCACCGAUCGAGAACGUCACCUCGUACACACCGGCAAUGCAGGACGAGUACAUGUCCUAACAGUACGCGCGCGUGCAGUUCCCGUUGAUUCCUUCUCUCUCUCUCUCUCUCUCUCUCUGUCUCUCCAUUCCGCGCAUCACCAUGUACAACUCUUUGGAGACGCUGAAAAGUGCCCUAAGUUCCCACGAAACCCGCUCUUUCCAGGUGUAGAGAAUGAAUCCUUCCCGUAGAUCGUAAGACACCCACCCAGCCAUUUAUGUGUACGAUGAGUAAAUAAACUUCCGAUUGAUUUUUUUGUUUUACACCAUUCGAA